CCCCAAACCCCAACGGGCCCUCAUGUGUGUUGUUCCUCCCUGUGUCCAUGUAUUCUCAUUGUUCAAAUCCCACUAAUAUGAGUGAGAACAUGCAGUGUUUGGUUUUCUGUUCCUGUGUUAGUUUGCUGAGAAUGAUGGCUCCCAGCUUCUUCCUUGUCCCUGCAAAUGACAUGAUCUCAUUUUUUUUUAUGGCUGCAUAGUAUUCCAUGAUGAAAUGUUCCAGAUUUUCUUUUUCCAGUCUAUCACUGGUGGGCAUGUGGGUUGGUUCCAAGUCUUUGCUAUUGUUAAUAGUGCUCUCUUAGAUAUACCUAUGUUUGUGUCUUGACAAUAGAAAGACUUAUAAUUCUUUGGGUAUCUUAAGUAAUUUUUAACGCCACAUACCGUGACAGGUAAGAAACCACUGUGACUGGCUCCAUCGUUUCAAUUUAAGUUAUAUAAUAUAAAGGCUGGGCAUGGUGGCUCAUGCCUGUAAAUAAUCCCAGCACUUUGCGAGCGUGAGACAGGUGGAUUACUUGAGCCCAGGAGUUUAAUAUCGGUCUGGGGAACACAGUGAAACCCGUUUGUAGUAAAAACACACAAAAAAACUGGGCAUAGAGGUGCGAAUCUGUAAUCUCAGGUACUCGGUAGGCUAUUGCAGGAGAGUCACUGGAACACAGGAGGCUGAAUUGGGAGGCAGAGUUUGCAGUGAUCCAGGCUGGUGCCAUUGCAUUUCCACAUGGGGAAAAAUAACAAAUAAGUAAAUAAACUAUGCACUCACUUACUGCAAAGUAAUAUGGGGGAAGCUGCUGCCCCUAGUAUCUCUUUUUCUUUCUUUGUCAGGAGCCACUGGAAUUUCAAAAGGUUGACCAACCAGGACUUUUUUUUAUCUGUUGAUUGUCUAGGUCAAACCUCUACUCAACUGUCCACAACACACCCUUUCUAGGAUCUAUUAAAGGCAUCAACAGGUCUUUUUCCCGAAUUGUAAACAGUCAUUAUUUCGCCAUUCCAAUCUUAUUACGUAAUGUUUAAAAUCCUUCACUGGCUUUUCUUUGCAUUUGACAAAAACCAAAAUCCUCAAUUUUGCCUAAAGUUCCUUGCAGCAUUGAUUCUUGCCUAUCUCAUAAGCCUCACAAAAGCCAUUUUCCAUCUUUUCUACUUCUUGCAACUCUCCACGUUUUGGUCAUUUAGCCAAAUGACCUCGUUCAGUUUGUCUUUGACCAAGUUUUAAAAAAUUACCAUUUCUGGAUGGAUGGGAUGGUUCACGGCUGUAAUCAUAGCACUUUGGGAGGCUGAGGCAGGUGGAUUGCCUGAGCUCAGGAGUUUGAGACCCGCCUGGGCAACACGGUGAAACCGCAUCUCUACUUAAAAAAAAAAAAAAAAAAAUAGCUGGGCAUGGCAGCGUGUGCCUGUAGUCCCAGCUACUCGGGAGGCUGAGGCAGGAAAAUUGCUUGAAGCCGGGAAGCAGAGAUUGCAGUGAGCUGAGAUCGCACCACUACAACUAGUCUGGGCAACAGAGCGAGACUUUUUCUCAAAAAAAAAAAAAAAAUUAAUAAAGCGUUUUGUUGUAUAGGCAGUGUCUGGCUAUGUUACCCAGGCUUAUCCUGAAUUCCUGGCCUCAAGCCAUCCUCCCACCUCUGCCUCUGAAGGGGAUUGGAUUACAGGUGUGCACCACCGUGCUCGGCCUGUACUAAUUUUUUUUUUUAAAGGCGGGAGGCCGGGCGCGGUGGCUCACGCCUGUAAUCUCAGCACUUUGGGAAGCCGAGGCGGGUGGAUCACCAGGUCAAGAGAUUGAGACCAUCCUGGUCAACAAGGUGAAACCCCGUCUCUAAUAAAAAUAUAAAUUUUAGCUGGGCAGGGUGGCGCGCGCCUGUAGUCCCAGCUACUCUGGAGGCUGAGGCAGGAGAAUUGCUUGAACCCAGGAGGCAGAGGUUGCGGUGAGCCGAGUUCGUGCCAUUGCACUCCAGUCUGGGUAACAACAGCGAUACUCCGUCUCAAAAAAAAAAAAAAAAAAAAAGGCGGGGUUUCACCAAGUCAAUCGGGGUGGUCCGGAACUCCUGAUCUUAAGUGAUCCGUCUGUCUCAGCCUCCCAAAGUGCUGGGAGUACAGGCGGGAGCCACUUCGCCCGGCUCUGUACUAAAUAAAACGUUGAGAGUCUUCACAUUUGGUCUUCUUUCAGCCUUAAAGACUUUGACCACGGAAUUUGUCCAACGAAUGCCUCUUCAUCCCUCAAAUUCCAACUGAAAUGUCACUUCCAGAGGUGAACCUGAGUUGAUAGGGUGGGACACAAUCCCACAGGGUGUGAGGGAUCCACCCAGUCAGCCACUGUGAUGCAAACUGAUCCACAGGCACGUCUGUUCCUCUUUCAAGGUUAGAGGAUACUCAACUUCUCCACCCUGUGACCCCAGGCUAUGGGAAGCACUUGAUCUUGCAAAGCACUCCCUUCCCUCACCAUCUGGGAGGGGAUGCUGUGCUGGUGAAGCUUUCAAUCAGCUUGCAGCCUCACUUGGACCCUCAAGUUUGCUCAUAUAAAUAAAAAAUCGUAUUCAAACUGGUGGUGUGGCCAACGGUUGUGCAGGGACACGCCGCUGCCCGGGCCGCUGAGCCUGAGUGUCGCCUUCGCAGCCAUGGACCCCACCGGGAGCUGACAGGCCUAUGGAGAGUCGGGGUGUGCCUCCCGGGCCUUAUCGUGCCACCAAGCUGUGGAAUGAAGUUACCACAUCUUUUCGAACUGGAAUGGCCCUAAGAAAACACAGACAACACUUUAAAAAAUACGGCAAUUGUUUCACAGCAGGAGAAGCAGUGGAUUGGCUUUAUGACCUAUUAAGAAAUAAUAGCAAUUUUGGUCCUGAAGUUACAAGGCAACCGACUAUCAAACUGUUGAGGAAACUUCUUAAGAAUCAUGUAAUUGAAGAUAUCAAAGUCAGGUGGGGAUCAGAAAAUGUUAACAACCAGCUCUUCAGGUAGUGAACACACAUAUAACUAUAAAAUUGAAUUACUGUAAAGUUUUAUCUGUACUUAUACUUUUACUGUAACAGCAGCUUCUUCAAAGAAGUAAUAGUUUCUUUUUUUUUUUUUUGAGACGGAGUUUCGCUCUUGUUACCCAGGCUGGAGUGCAAUGGUGCGAUCUCGGCUCACCGCAACCUCCGCCUCCUGGGUUCAGGCAAUUCUCCUGCUUCAGCCUCCUGAGUAGCUGGAAUUACAGGCACACGCCACCAUGCCCAGCUAAUUUUUUUUGUUAGUAGAGACGGGGUUUCACCAUGUUGACCAGGAUGGUCUUUAUCUGUUGACCUCGUGAUCCACCCGCCUCGACCUCCCAAAGUGCUGGGAUUACAGGCUUGAGCCACCGCGCCCGGUCAGAAGUAAUAAUUUCUUUGGAAAACUAUUAAUGCUCUUCGUUCAAUUAAAAUCAUUUGGGAAAAAAAAAUCGUAAGAAUCCGAAAAGAUAGCCAGGGGAAUUAAAUGGCACUUGGGGCCAACUGGGCCCUGAUCAUGGAGGAGGUCGCCCCAGCUCUCAUAAGUUUGACAGUGUCCCUGCACCCAGGGUCACAGAGCACGCGCAGGCCCUCCCCUCCCACUUCCGGAGGACUAGCCAACCACCGCACAGGCUGAGCCCCAGGCAGGAAGGCGCGCCCUUGGUGGGGGUGGGGUCUGAGUCCUUCCUCCCGGUGCUCAGUGAGUCCUAAGAACCCCCUGGCCAGGGUCACUGAUCCGUCUACUCCAGUAGAGACAGGGAUUCACCAUCUUGGCCAGGCUGAUCCUACUGACCUCAUGAUCCACCUGCCUCCCAAAGUUCUGGGAUUACAGAUUACAAGACAUCUAGCAGAAAGUUCCUUUGGCCAAGAAGAAUGGCACAUAUUGGGAAGGAUUCCUUAUCUUGGACCUGAGUCUACUUUCUUGAAGAAAACUUGACUUUAUUUCAUUAAGUGGGAAGAGCUGCAGCCCAGCUAAUAUGUUGAAAUGUACAAUAGGCUGCAGUCUGUGAAGUAUUCACGGACGUAGACUCUGAAGCUAAGGAGCUGAGAAGUUUCUAGAAGCUGUCAACAACAUGCCAAAGCAGUAAAACUGAAAGCCAAUUCAAACUUCAAGGUCUGGGGGAAGAUACCUACUGCUUACUAGGACUUGAGGUCUAGAGAGCUAGGCCUUAUUAAAAUAAUUACUUUACCUACCAUCUUUGUUCAAGGCUCAAUGGCUGACCUUCAAGCGGUGGCUAGCUGUCCCAUCUGUCUGGACUACUUGCAAGACCCAGUGACCAUCAGUUGUGGGCAUAACUUCUGUUUCUCCUGCAUCACUAUAUCCUGGAAGGAUCUAGAUGAUAGUUUUCCCUGCCCUCUUUGCCACUUUUGCUGUCCAGAAAGGAAAUUGACAAGCAAUCCUCAACUGGGUCGUUUGACUGAAAUUGCUAAGCAACUCCAGAUAAGAAACAAGAGAAAGAGGCAAGAAGAGAAGCAUGUAUGUAAGAAGCAUGAACAGGUUUUGACCUUUUUCUGUCAGGAAGACCUAGAGCUUUUAUGUCCAAGGUGCAGUUUCUCCACUGAUCACCAGCUUCACUGUGUUUGGCCCAUAAAGAAGGCUGCCUCCUAUCACAGGAAAAAAUUGGAGCAAUACAAUGCACCAUGGAAGGAGGGAGUGGAAUUAACUGAUAAAAUCAUUACUAUACAAACCAGAAAAUUGUUAGAACUGAAGAAAAAGGUAAAACGUAAGGAAGAAGAAGUCAGGUCUGAAUUUGAGCAACUUAGGUUAUUUCUCCAAAAUGAGCAAGAGACUGUUCUUGGGCAAUUACAAGAUGAAGAGAUGGAUAUUUUAGCACAACUGAAUGAAAGCCUAAGAAAAUUCUCAGAUGAUACCUCCUCAUUAAAAUAUCUACUAAAGGAGAUACAGAGCAUAUAUAUGAAGUCAGGACUGGAAUUACUGGCAAAUGUUAAGGACAUCUAUCACAGAUACAAAAAUUUCAAAUUCCCUGAACCUUUUUCAUUCAGAUUAAAAGAAUAUGGUUACCGUCUGCCUCCACAAUAUUCUGGCCUAUACAAAAUUAUCAAGCAAUUUCAAGUGGAUGUAAUUCUAGAUCCUGAAACAGCACAUCGUAAACUUAUAGUCUCAGCAGAUAGAAAAACUGUGCGCUAUGGAAAUACAGUGCAAAACUUACCUCCAAGCCCAAGAAGAUUUUAUCGCCUCCCAGCUGUUGUGGGUUCUAAGGGCUAUAGUAGUGGCCGGCAGUACUGGGAAGUAGAAGUGAAAGACAAGCCUGAAUGGAUCCUUGGUGUCUGUAAUGACUCUCUUCCCAGACGGAGGAAGCAUCCACCAACAUUAGUACAGAAUGGAUUGUGGGGAAUUCGGCGAUCUGGUCAGGAUAAUUAUAUUAUAUUGGGUCAUGAGGAAAUUAAUCUGCUGCCAAAAGUAAGACCUAGUAAGAUUGGCAUUUUUUUAGAUUAUGAAAUGAAUGAGGUUUCCUUUUAUAAUCUGAAUGAUAGCUCUCUACUGUAUACUUUUAAUGAUGAUUUUACAGGAUCACUUUGGCCUUAUUUUUAUACUGGAAUGGACUCAAAACCUCUUCAAAUUUCUAGAGUAACAGAUUGUGAAUAAAUAACUGUUAGAAAACUGUCAUUUUCUGACACCUAGCAAACAUAAUAGAGCCAGUGAAUCUAGUUUUCGUAAUUCUGUGUUUUGUUCUAUUUUUCCCACACACUCAAAAAAAAAGCAGAAUUGUUUAUAUCUCAGUUUAGCACUAGAAAAUAUGAUUAUAGGACCUACUUUAUAACAAAUUAUGGAGUCAAAGACAAACUACUUUAGAAAUCCUAAAAAAAUACUACAAAUAUAUACUACUAAAGUAAUGUAUUAUGUAAAAAAAAAUUAUUACCCCAGUUAUUGCCAGUAGCAGCCCAAUAAUGUUUCUUCGGUAUUGCCUAUGCAUUUUUCCUUUAAGAAAGAUUAAGUCUUUAUUAAUCACUGUGUCACCCAGGCUGUAGUGCAAUGGUGCAAUCUCAGCUCACUGUAACUUCUGUCUCCCAGGUUCAAGCGAUUCUCCUGCCUCAGCCUUCUGAGUAGCUGGGAUUACAGGCACGCACCACCACACCUGGCUGAUUUUUGUAUUUUUAGUAGAGUUGGGGUUUCACCCUGUUGAUCAGGCUGGUCUCAAACUCCUGACAUUGUGACAUGCCUGCCUCAGUGCUGGGAUUAGAGGUGUGAGCCACUGCACCUGACCAACUUUUUUUUUAGUUAAUUUUUUUUUUUUUAAUUUCUAUUUUGCCCAGGCUGGUCUUGAACGUGUGACCUAAAGCAUUUCUCAUGCCUUAGCCUCCUAAAGCACUGGGAUUACUGGCAUGAACCUCCAUGCCCAAUGCCACUUUUCCCUUUCAUCUGUCUACCUCAAUUUCUAAGUAAUUUUAUUUUUUAUUCAGUGUGUCUUUGUCAGGACUACCUUAGUUUUAUAGAAAAUGAGAUGGUAGCUCAUGCCUUUAAUCCUAGCACUUUGGUAGGCUGAAGUGGACAGAUCACCUGAGAUCAGGAGGUUGAAACAAGACUGGCCAAAAUGGUGAAACCCCAUCUUUACUAAAAAUACAAACACAUUAGCCAUGCAUAGUGGCACAUGCCUGUAAUCCCAGCUAUUCAUUAGGCUGAGGUAGGAGAACUGCUUGAACCCCCAAGGCAGAGAUUGCAGUGAGCUGAAUCGUGCCAUUGCAAUCCAGCCUGGGAAACAAGAGUGAAACUCCGUCUAAAAAAAAAAAGAGAUGGCACUCUUACAUCCUCCUCUGCCACACACACACACACAUACUCAUACUGUACCCCUACAAUCAGUAGAACAUCUGUUCUCCUAUUCCCACUGGACAGAGUACCCUCUAGUGUGGUCAGCUACUGUCCUUCACUUCUCUUUGGGAACUGAUCUCUAGGCUCAGAAUCUGUAUUAACUUAGUUCCAUAUUUUCCUCCUUAGGUUUCUUUGGUUAAUUCAGGGAUUAAUAUCUAUUCAAUAGAUAAAAAAUAUGUAACUUUUUUUUUGAGACGGAGUUUCGCUCUUGUUACCCAGGCUGGAGUGCAAUGGCAUGAUCUCGGCUCACCGCAACCUCCGCCUCCUGGGUUCAGGCAAUUCUCCUGCCUCAGCCUCCUGAGUAGCUGGGAUUACAGGCAUGCACCACCAUGCCCAGCUAAUUUUUUGUAUUUUUAGUAGAGACAGGGUUUCACCAUGUUGACCAGUACUGUCUUGAUCUAUGGAUCUUGUGAUCCACCCGCCUCGACCUCCCAAAGUGCUGGGAUUACAGGCUUGAGCCAUCAUGCCUGGCCCAAAAAAUGUAACUUUUGGAAAAACUUGUGUUAACAAAAAAGACUGGUGUGAUUUUGAUGGGAUUAUGUGUUGUAUCUUUUAUAUUAGUAUGGAGAAAAUUAACAUCUUAAC